ACAUGCAGCAUUCUCUCGGUUCACUUGCGGGCAGUUUGACCUGUAGUGAGGUUGGUUUAUGUUCGUUUGGAUAAAGCCAUGAAAAGUUGAAGGCUCAGUACACGAAAAUACCGGCUGACUUGGUUUAUCCAUGGAGCCGACACGCCACUUCAGGCUCCCAGGCAUUCGCUAAGCCGUUGCUAGUGUGUUGAUAAAUGUUUCCUACAAAGUGUAGUGUAGGAGAAAGCAAGGUGUUACGACGAGCUGCUUGGCGUCAGUCCAUUCCUCGUCGCCGCUUUCGUGCAUGAUGACACCACCUCCUUCAAUGGUAAUGGACCAUGCCUUGUAUUUCGUCGUUUCGCUGUUGUGGCUACGGGAAAUCUCCGGUGUGGCGGUGGCAGCAUCGGCGUCCAGAAUCGAAUCCUGCGGCUCGUGCCCAUCGCAAGUAACCGGCACUGGAAGAGACUGGCAGUGCAACACCACUACCGUCCUGGCAGAUAAAGCUUGUCGACCUCGUGAUGUUAAACCUCAGCGAAUAGAAAGCUUUAACUGCCUGAAAAAUAAGAAGUUGAAGUACGAGGGAAUGUGUCCCGACUUGCAAGUAUUGACAUCAGCGGCAAUCCAGCCAAAACCACCCCGCUGCACAGUACGGCCUCCUAAGAACAAGGCUAUACUUGCUGACCGUUGCGGAGCACAGUGUCUACCAGGUCGUCCGCGAAACAUAAUCAUUGGUUUGGACUCUGAGCUGAACACAUCAUUGAAGGCACACAUUCGGGGACAGCCGAGAGUUGCACUCAGAUUUGACAUCCGCCUUAGUAUAACUUGGAAAGCACCAUCAUGUGGUCUUCCUCCCACUGGUUAUAUGGUCAGCGUCACAAGCGAUGGAGAGAGAGAAACGGUCUUCCUGCCGCCAAGCCAAACACAUUUUACAUUUCAGUGUGACAUGACUAGCGCAGCUGGCGGUCGUGAUGAUCCACGAUGGCGCUUGUUUGAUUUCUACUACUGUUCAAACCACACAGACGUAAUUUGCCCGAAUUUCAACACAGAUGCUCGCGCCUACAGGAAGACGGCUACAAUCCAGGUUGUGUCCUUGCCGCGCAAGAGAAACACUCUAAACUGCCAAACGAGUACAGCAACACAAGAGCUAUACAGUUGCAAAGAUUUGGGCAAGAAUCCUGGAGUUCCCUGUUCGUAUCCGAAUGACUUUCCCAGUUAUCAUCUACCAACUGUGGGCAACAUGGUCACAUCUCGGCAUCCGGUUACACCGAAUGGCCUGAAGGUGUCUGUGACUACAAGUCAGUCUGCUACUAGACAUGUCUCUACACUGUAUCCAAGUCAUGGCAACAAGCAUGAGGUGGAAUCCGGUUCUUCUACGCCGUCUGCCAACACAGAGAAAUUACAAGGGUCCGAGAGAAGUCCUGCGCAUGAAGCCAUUGAUCCAAGUGCAGUGUUGAAGCCAAGUUCAGCGGCCAGUGUCAAUCAGACAACCAGAAGGCAAAGUGGACACUCUGGUAGUGUUGGCACUAUCAAUAGAACUGAUUUAGUUCCUUGCCCUGGCUGUUCCGGCCCAACACUUGCAGUGGACCGGACAGCACUUGCAGUGGACCGGACAGCAGAGCCUAAAAGCUUCAACUUAAUUAUAGUGAUCCUGGUCGGCGUAAUCCUACUCGCCAUGCUCUGUGUACCCAUAUACAAACGGAUGAGACUAACUGGGAAAGAUCCACCGGAGGUCUCCACUGACAUACAUGACCAGCUUCCUGCUUCAAUACAGUUCACUGGUAUGCUUUCUGGACCAGUGUGUCAGCAGAUGCUGACGGUCUACGUUAGCUAUUCGCGUAACACAUUAGCCAGUGAGAAGGCCUUGAUCGACUGGAUGUCCACUUGGCUGCACUUGGCAGGUGUGAAAGUAGUCAUUGAUUACUACUAUGAACAUGAGGAUGAGUUUAACAACGAUCCCGCUGCUUGGAUUGGCCAGCAAGUGGAAACGUGUGAUUUCACCAUAGUUGUCUGUUCUCGCUCCUUGGUUGAGAAUUGGCAGGCUACGGAUCACGAUGCCGAGGAAGUGAAUUUCAACCGUGCAACGUUUGAAGCACGUCUGUUGCGCAAUCUCAUGAUCUACAAGCCCACAUCUGUUAUUCCAGUGUUGCUGUCUACUCCUGAUCAGAGUCCACCGUCAAGAUGCAACGUGCCAUUCAUGCUUAGAACUAGGACAAUGUUUGAGCUUUUCUUUGAUCUGGAAACCGAGAUGAUAGUGUGGGGCGAUGCGGACAGUCUCCUCAUGCAGUUGUACGGAGAUGAGGUCUUAUCUUGUCAACCCGCUCAUGUCCAUCCAUCACCAAGAGUGGAUGAGUCUACCAAUGUGGUUAGUGUUCCGGCACAGGGAGACGCACGGCAGAAAUCCGACCAACAAUUGUCAACAAAAAUCACUUCGAAGUCACAUAGGAGUGCAUCGCACGAAUCUGGAUCAGAAUCUUGGGACAAUAAUCCAUCCAAAUUCCUUCCUAUCUCACCAGCACCGUGUGCAUACCAAACUGUACAGGUCGUACAUCCGCAUGCAACAGCAGUGGCAUGUUCUGUGGAGCAACGGCGAACACCGGAAGAGCGAAGCGCCUCACCUUGGCAACAGUCCACAUCGUAUGUCAACACGCGUGCAUCGUCACCAGUGUCGUUACAGUAUGUACAUAUGGAGUCUGCUUUGUGACCGAUGAUGGCAGCCAGCAAUACUGCAAGCUGUAACAGGUUAACCUGCAUAGCAUCAUUUCCUGCUUUUUUCAUCUCACAUUAUCGUACAUUCCUCUUUGUUGAACCGCGCCUCAAAUAUUAAUCUUUCUAAUUUUUCAUUGCAGGGUGGGGGUUGCAAAGGCUAUGCGUUUUCCUGCAUUUUUUCAGCUGGGUAUAUUGAUUCAGAGAUCAGUGUGAUGUUUUCUUUUACACUGGCACGUUAUUUUGUAUGUGGCUCACACAGACGAAUUUCUCUUCCUAGUUUACUGAUUUUGUAUUGAUGAUCUGCACAUCAAUUUUGCAAACUCCUUUGCAGCCCUUUAUCUGAAUAACUGCCGUUGACUACUUUUUGCUUGCUUGGCGCACACCAACCUUUAAAAGCACUUUCUUUCUGGCAAUCACGGUCAAAGUCAUAUAGAUGUGCAGUAUACACCCAUCAUCCUUUUUUUAAUUUUGCGCGUUCACAAUCCAAAUAAUUAUAUCACCGAAUUUUUUAAAUUAAAUCUAUCACCCGAGUAAUUGGAUCUAUCAUCAGCUACAUACAAAUUCAAUGCUAUUAUCUUUCAUUCUUGUGCAUGCUGUUUUGGCAAACAAAUCAUUCAGAACUCAGCUGCCUCCUCAGCACUGUUUUUUAAAUAUAUAUUUUUUUAUUUUUUACAUCAAACACCCUCCUACCUAUGAGUUCUGAAGGAAAAGAAGCAGGGACAAUUAGUUAAUGGUAGAGGCCACUCAAGGUGGCUGUGGUUAUGUCAGUGGGGCAGACCAAGUUCAACCGACACGGACCGUCUUGGCUUCAUUGCCAGAGGUGUUAGCAAUGUGACUUCUGUGGAACAUAGGCAUUCGAUGUAUGUCAGGUGUAUCAUCUAUAAUAUUAUUAUUGUUGGUUGCAUGCACAUGCAGCUGGUCUCGUAGAGUCGGUUUGUCACGGUUUCCACUCUUUUUGUCAAAUUCAUUUUUUCUCAUUUUCUACUUGCUACAUGCUGUUCUGUGUGUGUUUGUAUCAUGCAUUCUUGGAAUGUAGAGUCUUAGU